AUGGACACAGUUGUGGUGGUGUUUGAAACGCUCUCUUUGGUCUCACUAAAAACCCUUUCAGAAACAGCAAAAACCCUCUUGUACCCUCUUCGCAUCUUUCCGGUGCAGGUGCAGAGGGGAAAAAUAGUGAAAAGAUGGGCGCUCAUAAAAACAGACAAAGACUUCUCUUUUGUGGAGAAAGAAGAGAAGUGCGAGAAUCUGCGCGACUUCAUUGACCAGCUUAGAAAAGCAUCCUGCACCGUUUUAGUAGAUGUGCCAGAUAAAAUUGCUGGCAGCUGCUAUUUUAAAAUAGAUACAGGAAAAAAAGAGCUGAUCGCACACACCGAUAGCAUUGAGCUGGACAGAGUGCAGAUAAGCGAUGUGGUGACGGGCAUCAUCCAAGCGUCAAAUAUAUUUUUCAAGAAAGCGAUUCUCUCUCUCACAGGCAUACGAAUCAGAAAUAAAAACGGAAAAAAAGAAACUGUCGACAUAACCAUUGGAAUAGAAAAGAUAGAGUACCUGAUCCCAACAGAAAUGAGCAUGAUACAGACACAGCCCAAGGGCAUUGUGAUGAUGAGCUCCACUGCUGCUGUAAACAGCCAGCUUCUUCUGAAAGUUCUCUCCAGAAGUAUGCUGUAUUUCACAGGAGAUAAGCCCGGCUUGUUUCUCAGGCUGGAGAUAGUAGAAGACCGUCCUAUAGCUAUUUUGUUCAGACAAGCGGACUGCAUUACCGUUCUAGACUCUUCGCUGCCGUUUAUGAAAAAACACUAUCUUGAAGAGUAUCUUCACUACCUGCUAAAGAAGUACGGAGAAGAAAUAAAAGCAAUUGUUGGGCUUCUCUUUGAAAAAUGCGACAAAAAAGAGCCUGAUCUGAUCCUAGCAGAAGAGACACAGCGCGUUUUGGCUCUGUCCGCUGACAAAAAGAACAAAGCAAUACUCAGCAUCUACGAUAUGGUCUCUACUCUGCACUUUCCCGAAAAGGACACCCGGUCUUUUUUGAUUGCAAGCUUGAAAAAGACGUACAUCGAGAUCAUCAAAAAACAGAAAACAGAAGGCGUCACAGUGCCCAUGUGCAUCCACAUUUCUCCUGAUAAAAAAGCACACCCCUCUUCUCUGCACACUCUUUUCAAGGAAAUUGAAAUGUAA